UCACGACUGUUAAUUCAUUUAGCCGACGUCUUCAGGUGACACAUACCAUUUAAGUGAGGAGGAGAAUAAAUACUACUGAACCUCCUAAAUAUUCUCAGUGUGCAGUUUUUCCAAGAUAAAACUUUUACCAUGAAAACUGCUUACAAAUAUCCAGAUGGGAGCGAGUACAAUGGAGAAUGGUCGGAGGAUGGUCAGCGUCAAGGUUACGGUCACAUGAAAUUUCCAGAUGGUGCACAGUAUUAUGGAAUGUUUGUUAAUGGACUAUGUGAGGGGCUUGGUGUCAUGGUGUUUUCAGAUAAUUCAAGGUAUGAAGGAGAGUUUCAGCAAGGAAAGUUCAGUGGCAUGGGAGCCUUUCUUAGGUGUGAUGGGAUGAAAUUUGAAGGUGAAUUUCAGGAGGGCAAGAUCCGUGGCCAAGGCAUUGUGACUUUUCCGGAUGGAACACAUGGUCUCCCAAGAAAUGAAGGUUACUUUGACGGGAACAAAAUGUUGAGACGAGAGAAAUGCAUGGCAGCUAUUCAGAAAGCCAAGCAAAUUGCUGAUAGUGCUAAAAGUCAAAGGUCAUAGGCAUUUGACAAUAUUAUGCUGUGGUGCUAAAUUUUCAAGGUGACAUGAAAAAGAGUUUUUUUACAAUGAAUUCCAUGUACUUCCUUUUAACCAUCAACGCAUGUUCAGUACUGAACAAUUGAUUGUUACUGGUCACUUAAGGAUAGAUUAGUGAUGUCACAGUGAAACUUGUUUCCAAGAGUAUCCCAUACAUCUGAGUAGAUGAUGUAACUUGCUCUUAUCCAUUUAUUCAAUAGUCUAUUCUAUUUCACAAAUUCAUAUCUUUGAAGAUGCUCUCAAAUAAUGUCGAACCAGGGCAAAGAAGUUGCAAAUGGCAAGAUUUCAGAAUAUAAUCAACAGGAAAGCUGGAUUAGAGUUUAAAAUCAGUGACCAACAAAGUAUCAUUUACAGAUUACAGUACUUCCCAUAUUUUACAAAACUUACAGGUUGUCUCGCUUUUAUCUGUAUAAAGCAUAAUAUUGUCGUACUUUUUACUUACCGAUAAGUGUUGAUUUAUGUAUGUUUUUUGUGGAGUAUUUUUGGAAAUAUAUUUGUUUUAUUCCAUAGUUAAGGACAAAUACAUUCCAAAAGAUAGGUAGUGGUUGUAUGGAUAUAGUUUUACAUUUUUGUUGGAAUGCUCGUUUACAGAAAAAAAUUAUAAAUAAGAUGUACACUCAUACAUAUCUUGAUGGAAUAUUUGCACUAAAACUUAAACAUUCCACUUUUAUUUUAAAGGAGUUACUUUUUACAUUAAAAUUGUGACUGUUGUCUAAGUAACUAUACAUGUAUAUAAUAUAUUGUAUAGUGUACACAACUUAUUUUGCUUGCAUUCUACUGGAAGCUUUUUACAUUUGUGGGUGAACCAAACUUGUGAUAUCAUUCAUAACUUAAUUGGCAUGCAGGUUGAACAGGGGAAGAAUUAAGGAUCUCUCACCAUUAUGUAGAUGAACAACACUAAUACUGUUAUCAGUCUGACUGCAUGUUUGACAAAAUUUCUCUCAAAUAACUUUUAAAUACAAAAGAAAGAGAAACCUACAGUCAAGACAUUUGACCAAUAACAUGUGCUUUACUACUGUACUUGUAUAAUAUCUUCUGUUUAAAAAUAUUUCAAAUUACUGCCGCAGUGUAAAAAAAAAAAGAUAUUUUCUUUUAUUUGUUUUUAUAUGACACUUUCUAUGUGACAACUUUAUUUACAUGUCACUGUCCAAUAUUUAUUAUUUACACGUAAACAUAAUUUAUGUACCUUACAAUACAAACACUUUGUCAUUGAAAUAGCAGGAAUGUCAGUUAAUGUAGAGCAAAGUAUUGCCUCAUGGAAAUAAAUAUGUUAUGUGUGAAUAUAUAGUGUCGCUAUGUAUAUUUCCCUUGUGUAAAAGCAGAAACUUAAUCCUUAUAUACUACAUUGUACUAAUAUUGUUUAAUAAAGAAAGUGAAAAUAAUUAA